UCUUGUGUCCCUUCGAGUUGCGGAGAUAUCAUGAAUCGCAAAGAAACCAUGUCAAAACCCUAAUUUUUCAGCUUUUCUUGUUCAAAGUUUUCGUGUUCAUUUGUGUAAUAAUUUCAAUUUUCUUUAUUAUUCUUUUCCAAUGGCGACGACAGAAGCAGCAAAAUUCAAGAAAUCCGACCUUAUACCGAUCCCACAACCACCAGAUUACCACCCGGAGAUAACCGUCUCGCCGCAGCACGACGGCCUCCACUUUUGGCAGUUUAUGAUCGCUGGUUCCAUCGCCGGCAUGGUCGAACACAUGGCCAUGUUCCCAAUUGACACAAUUAAAACCCGUAUGCAAGUGUUAGGAUCAUGCCCCAUUAAAUCUGCUGGACUCCGACAAGCUCUUCAGUCGAUACUCAAGUCCGAUGGUCCCGCCGGUCUUUACCGUGGAAUCGGAGCGAUGGGACUCGGUGCAGGUCCGGCACACGCUGUUUAUUUUUCCGUAUACGAGAUGUGUAAAGAGACGUUUUCAAGGCAGCACCCAAAUAAUCCGGCAGCUCAUGCGGCGGCGGGGGUUUUCGCGACCGUGGCAAGUGAUGCAGUGUUUACUCCAAUGGAUAUGGUGAAGCAGAGGCUGCAAUUAGGAAGUGAGAGUCCGUAUAAAGGUGUGUUCGAUUGUAUAAGAACAGUGUUGAAAGAAGAAGGAUUUGGGGCUUUUUAUGCUUCGUAUAGAACAACGAUUUUGAUGAAUGCGCCAUUCACGGCUGUCCAUUUUGCGACCUAUGAGGCGGCGAAGAGGGGUUUGUUGGGAGUCUCGCCGGAUAGUGCCAGUGAUGAACGGUUGGUGGUUCACGCUACUGCUGGUGCAGCCGCAGGAGCAUUGGCUGCUGCUGUCACUACUCCACUUGAUGUUGUCAAGACUCAGUUGCAGUGUCAGGGUGUGUGUGGAUGUGAUAGAUAUGCAAAUGGUUCAAUUAGGGAUGUAUUAAGAACAAUAUUGAGAAAAGAUGGAUACAGAGGGCUUUUCAGGGGAUGGAUGCCAAGGAUGCUUUUUCAUGCUCCAGCCGCAGCCAUUUGCUGGUCAACAUAUGAAGCUGGAAAAUCAUUUUUUCAAGACAUAAAUACUGAUGAUAGAGGUAGCAGAAUGACCUAAGAGUAUAGGUAAAAAAAAAAUCAACAUUCACUUUUUCUCUUGUUGUUACAUCAAGAUUUAAGACACAUACACUCCUCUCCUCUCACAUAGAAAACAAAAGAAAAGAAAGAUCAACUUCUUCUACCCGAGUGAGUGCUAAUACUUCCAAUUGUUAUAUUUGUUCUGAUGAGCUUCAAAUCAGAAUCAAAUUGGAGUGAUUGAGGCAAAACAGAAGAAGGGUAUGCCAUUAUUGUUUAUGGCUUGAGCUGUAUUGUUGUUUAUUGGCUUCAAAAUUAUUUAUCCAGAUCUAUUGAGUUUUUUUUAUCGUGCAGAUUUAUCUGUAAGUUUUGCUGGAAAUUUUUUCUUAGUGUCCAUUACCACUGCUAUAUUAUUGGAUUUUUGCUGAUGCAAGUGAAAUGUUAGUUGUUGAAUAAAGUUUUAGAGCUUGAUUAGUAGUAGAUGUUUUAAAUGUGUAGUUUGAUUUAUUAAUGUGUUAGUUAUCUUUAAAAAACUAAACUUUGAAAUGAUAAUAUAAAUUGUCAGAAUAAAUAAAUGAUUUCGAAUGUUGUAAUUA